AGCAUAUAAAGCAGACGUGGGAUUUGGUGUUAGGGUUCAGAGACGAUCGAUCAUCGAAUCAACCAAAUUGCAUCGGCCGCAUACUUUCUUCACAGAUUCAAAGCUUUGAAGUAUUAUAGCAGAAAAUAUGGACUUCGAUCAUGAGAAUGUUAGACCCGUGAUGAACGAAGAUAGAUUGAGCAGCUUGCCAAAUGAGCUUAUUCACCAAAUCCUAUCGUGUAUUGACACUAAAUCUGCUGUUCAAACGUGUUUGCUGUCUUCGAGAUGGAAGCGUCUCUGGACAUCCGUGCCUUGUCUCAACUUUGCUAGUGGUGAUUUUAGUUCUUUACCUAAGUUUUCAAAAUUCGUCACCCAUGUUUUGUCUAAUCGCAACCAUCAAAUAGACGUGACUUCACUAAACCUAACUUUCCAUGGAGCAGCAAGUCAGUUUUUUGUGGGAAAGAUUGCCGAUUAUGCAUUUGCUCACAAUGUUCAAGAAUUAAAUGUGGUUAUUUCUCCCAAAAGACACCAUGCAUUUCCUCCUUGCCUUUUUAGCUCUCAGUCUCUUCAACGUUUCACCUUGAAGAGCACUUAUCUUUCACCUUAUCUUUUACCCAAAACACCUUGGGAUUUUCCAGCAUUAACAACCUUGCAUAUCCAGGAAGUCGUAUUCAGUGGCGAUAUGACUGAAAUGUCUGUUGAUCUUUUCUCCAAGUGUGUGAACUUGAAGAACCUCAAGUUACACCUUUUUGAUGCUGACCGUGUUGCGGUUUUUGACAUCAUUACCCCUAAACUUUCUAAUCUCACGCUCACUAAUAGCAAUUUCAACCACAUCAAUGUGACUGCACCUGAACUUGAGAAUCUCACUGCAACCAAUUGCUCAAUCAAGAAGCUGAAUGCCCCAACAGGACUUUCAUCUUUGACAUACAGUGGUUCUUCUCCUGUGCAGUUGAAAGAAUAUGGUUUUGAUUCUCUUAACAAAGUGUCUAUCCAUCUGUCUAUUUAUCGUUCACGUAGGCCAUAUAAGGAGGAAGUUGCUCGCAAGACAAUUAACAUGCUUCAUGGGGUUCAUAGUGCCAGAUUUCUGACCCUUAAUGCUGACGUUGUGGAGUGUAUUUCCUCAUAUCCAGAGUUAAUAUCGCACCAUCCUUCACCUUUUAGCAAUUUAAUUUGUGUAAACGUAGACACCAGCAUGAGGAAGGAUGCCCACAAAAUAAAAAUGUGCACUGAAGCUAGAAACUUCUUGCUUGAGAACUCUCCAAGCGCCACGUUCAUCAUGGAAUUACCUGAGGCACCACUUACGAGAGCAAUGAGGCAGAAAGUGGCCUGGGAAAAAAGGAAGGCCAAACAGGUGGAAGAUUUUGAGAGUCACAUAACGGAAUUGCAAGCAUCGCUAGAGGUGGUAACGAGUCAUAUUGGGGUUGGGACAAAGGAAAGGGUCAGUGCAGCCUUUGGUAACCUUAUGGAAGAACUAGAGGUGCUGAACAAGCAAAUGAAGAAAUAUGCAGAAAUGCAAAUGCCGGUUAACCAAAGAAAGGUGCAGCUUGAACGAGAGGCACGGGCACGGAUUGAGGCCUGUGCGGGAGAGAUGCAGGCUCUGGUCAACCAAGAAAAAGAUGAAGUUUUAACCAUCUUUUCAAAGAAAGAUCUGAUCAGAUCAUUGUUGCAAAAGUUUCCUAAGCGACAGAUGGCCGAGAUUGAAGCACGCUACUCUCGCCAGAUUGAAGAAUCAGAAGCACAGAUUGAGCAUCUAUUCAACGAGCAUUUGACGUCAAAAAGAUUCGUUGAUGAUCAUAUAAAAUUUAUGUCUUGUAACAUCGUAAUGUUUCCAGAUCUGACCAGUAUCAAUAUUCCUCUGGCGUCACAACCAUCUUCUUCUUCCUCCCCAAUUAUUCCUACACCCUCCACCUCGAAUAUCAACUCUAUGCCGUGAACCACCCCCACCCAGGGCUGCCGGAGAUUAUACUAGAACGAAGAUGUUUAUUCUCCUCAGGGUUCAUACUUUUUCUCAUGAAAGGGUGAAAGAAGUCGUCGUUGGAAUCGGAUGUUAUUGGAUCUGUUGCUUAAUCUCACCAAAACAUACACCUCCAUGUGAGAUUACUUGGUUCUUUUUGUUGCUGAAGCUUACCAGAUGCUGAUUUAUAGAGCUUGUUUUAGUGCUAAAUCUUCAUUGACCCUGCCUCUAUCCGGGAUUUACUAGGUUUGUUUUGUUUUGUUGUUGAAAUCCUAUCAAACCCCAAACAUUGUCUAUGAUUUAUUGGGUUUGAUUGAUUCUUUUUGUUGUUGAAUCUUGUCAAUUCCUAAUGUUGUCUGUGAUUUAUUGGGUUUGUUUGAUUGUUGAAUCACACCAAACCCUACCUUAUUAGGUUUGUUUGUUUGUUUUGUUGCUGAAUCUUAAUAAUUUAUCUGCUGGAUUGAAUUUCAUUUGUACCGGUUAUAUGGGGUAUGUUUGUUUUUUCAAAAUUAUCUCUUAAUACCUCUAAACUCUGAUUCGUGUCCUCUGAAAUUUUAAGUGGUAAAUGUAUCGCUUAAUACUUCUUAAUCCUAAUAUGCCCUCUAUCACAUGGUUCAUAUUUUGAGGGGCCAGA